AUGGCGGGGCAGGUCCCGGAGGACACGUUGAGCAGCGUCUCCAUGGAGGAGCUGGAGUGUAAGAUCUGCUACCGCCUCUACAACCUGAGCGCCCGACGGCCAAAGGUCCUGGGGUGCUGCCACCGCCUCUGUGCCAAGUGCCUGUCCAAGAUGGCAGGCCUGGUUGAGGAGCCACCAUACUCUGUGGCCUGUCCCUUCUGCCGCUAUCCAACCUACCUGACAGGGGAGGUGGCGGCUGGCCUCCCUGAUGACCACAACAUCGUGAAGGCCCUGGCUCUACGGGGCCGAAGGAAACGCAACGCAAAAUCUGCCGAACUCCUCCUCAGCCCUGGUGGUCUCAGCUCCGCAGUCAGUGCCUCCUCUUCCUCCACCUCCACCUCCUCCAUCUCCUCUCCUCCGUCAAACUCCGCCUCCUUGCAAGGGACCUCCAACUGUCUGGUUGUCACCGUUGUUGAGGCCAUUCAGGAAUCACCGGACCACCUCCACAUCUCCCAGCCCGAAGAUGCAGAGAGCCACCUGCCUGGUCCAACGCCCUGGACAGUGUGGAAGUUCAUCACCAGGACAUGGUGGUUCUUAGCCCAGGCACUGGUUUGUUUCCUGGGGCUGCUGUAUUUUGGCUCUCUUCCCCUGGGAAUCUUCCUGCUCGUCAUGAAGAAGACCUCAUUGGGUAUUUUCCUAGUCAGUUUGGUUCCCGCUAGUUUGCUGAUGCUUGUGGUCUAUGACGUUUGCCGCUGGUUUUGUCCACGAUAUUAA